AUGAGCCACAAAGGUGUUGUUGGAGUAGAGUUUGCAGUUGCAAUUGGCGAAAAUUUCAUUAUCAAGCAGUCUCCUCCAACGCCUGGACAAAUAGUUCGUCUGGCAGGUUCAAAGUCUUUCUACCCAAGGGCAAAGCACGAAUUCACUCAAUGUCCAAGGUCCUCGCUGGACGACUGUCAUGUUCAAACCCUUCCUAGCCAAGGGCAAAGUGCGAAAUUGCUCAGUGACCAAGGUUCCUUGCACAACGAGAAGGCCCAGUUGGCAAAUACACUAUGGGCCGCCCAUCCCGCGAUUCCCUGGGUCAUCAGAGUAGAGUUUCCAGUUGCAGCCUGCCCAGAUGGCGAGAAUUUCAUCAUCGAGCAAGCAGUCUUCUCCAACGCCUCGACAAAUAGGUCCUCUAGCGCCAUCGGAACACAUCAUGAAAGUCGUUCACCUGGCAGGUUCAGACCCUUCCCACCCAAGGGCAAAGCGCGAAUUUGCUCAAUGUCCAAGGUUCAAACCCAUCCUACAAAGGGCAAAGAGCGCAUUUGCUCAGUGUCCAAAGAUGAUGUAACCCCUUCAUUCUCACACAACGAGAAGGCCCAGUUGGCUAACCGUAUCGGCUGCCCCAUCCCGCGUAGAAAAGAGUGGCGCCCAGUAUCCAUCAGUAGACUGUAA